CGGGCCCGGCGCCAUGGUCGGGGCCGAGGCGGCGGCCGUGGCGGAGCUGGUGAAGGAGAGCCGGCAGGUGGCCGAGCUGGCCGAGCGCUUCCGCGCCUACUCGGAGAGCGAGAAGCACUGGAAGGUCCGGAUGGAGUUCAUCCUGCGCCACCUGGCCGACUACCGGGACCCCCCGGCCGGGACCGGGGGAGGAGGGGACCGGGGGGCCCGGCGGACCCUCGACCAGCUCCUCGCCCUCUCCAUGGUCUGGGCCAACCACCUCUUCCUCGGCUGCAGCUACAACAAGGACCUCUUAGACAAGGUGAUAGAAAUGGCCGAGGGGAUUGAAGUGGAAGACUUGCCCCACUUUACGACCAGAGACGAAUUAAUGCAGAAGCACCAACGCUAGCACAAAAGACACCGCAUCACGUUUCUAUCCCAGCACCGAGUCCUUGAAAAUGGAAGAUCGGAUGGAUGUGCUACUAGCCACGCCACCUCGUACAAGGGCUCCAGAGAAGUCACACUCGAAGAGAGAUGGGAAUUAAACGGAAUCAUUCAGGGUUGUUUUUUUAAAACCGCCAGUCUUGUGGGGGGUGUCACUCUGAAUAGCAAGUAAGACUCUUCUGCUUGCCGAUGACGAAGUCAAAGGCACACGUCACCGAGAGAAACCCUCUGCCCUUUUUUAUUUUCAGUUUUCAUGUCGUUUUCCAUUUUCAAAAACGACUUAAAUGAUUUGUUUUUAAAAUGUAUGACAGGAAUGGUCGGUUUCAGUCAUAUAACUUAGUAUUCCAGUUUUUAUACUUUUAUGCAACAGUGUCAUAGGAUAGCUUAUUUUCCCAUGGAAACAACAGUUCACAGUUUUUUUUUUCUUUUAUAUCCAUGUAUUGUUAAUAAAAUAAGAAAACGAAA